CACAGUGCACCGCGACGGGUUUUGCGUCAAGUCUAGUCCGUUGCAUUUUCAAGAUGGCGUCGCUGGGAAGGAGGCGCGGUGUCCCAGUCAACAGGGAGAGGGGAGUGAUGGCGGCCACGGAGUGUUACAUCGUCCACGAGAUCUACAACGGCGAGAAUGCACAGGAGCAGUUCGAGUACGAGCUGGAGCAGGCUCUGGAGGCGCAGUACCGCUACAUUGUAAUCGAACCCACGCGCAUCGGAGAUGAGACGGCCCGCUGGGUGGCCGUGGGAAACUGCCUGCACAAAACCGCUGUUCUGGCAGGGGCCGCGUGCCUCCUGACGCCGCUCGCUCUUCCCGCCGACUACUCCCGCUACGUGGCGCUCCCCGCUGGCGCUCUGAGCCUGGCCUGUGCCACGCUCUAUGGCAUCUCCUGGCAGUUCGACCCCUGCUGCAAAUACCAGGUGGAGUACGACAGUCAGAAGCUCUCGCGGCUGCCGCUGCACACGCUCACCUCCUCCUCGCCAGUGGUUCUGGUUCGACGGGACGACAUCAUCAAAAUAUCUUAA